UUCGCAGCAGUCGUUCGUGCAUUCGAGUUUAUUUUAAAACUUUGUGUAUAGAUUCAGUCACAGAAUAUAUAAUAUAUAAUAAUCUACAUGGUUUCCCCCGAUUUGGCAGAAAGAUAUCUUUACGGCGUUCGUAGCAGUAUUGUUGUUGUAAGGUUUGAUAGAAGUGUGUGUUGUUUCGAGAGGGAAAUAUCGCUCAUCGACGGUCGUCGACUGUAACAAGAUCUAUUCAUGCAGACGAUUCUUUUCGAUUGCUCAAAGUGAACAUAGUUUUGCUUACAGUUUAUCAUCGCAAGCCUACAACUUCAAGUGUAAAAUGUUCAUUCGUCUCUUCGCCGUUGUCUAACUCAACUCGAAGAAUCGUUGUGCUCGCGAAGUCAAAGAUUCUUUCUCUGAAAUUUAAGCACGUACGAAUUGCAAGCAGUCGCAAAUUUUUUCAUAAAGCUAUCGGAAUGAGCGCGGAAGAUCUAUGAGGAACUCCAAAAGCAUGGGAAGUGCUUCCCACGAUUCUUAUUCUGGUGUAUUCAAUGAUAUACCAUCUAUGAAUAAUUUUAUGGCUCACGAGAAAAUUCCAAGAUCUCAGAACGACAUUCGGGUUAAAUUUGAGUACAAAGGAGAAAAAAGGAUCAUUCCCGUUUCACGACCCGUGUUGCUGAACGAUUUGAAGAGACGAAUUUGCAAUGCUUAUGGCCACGAUCUGACCAUGAGUUACAUAAACAACGACAUUACGAUUCCAAUUAAGAAGCAAAUGGACUUGGAUAACGCCGUUGCCUUGCUCGACUUCAGUCCGCAGCUUACGAGCCUCAGGAUAUACCUUUCUAAUGAAGCGGGCGGAAGCUUGAUUUUAGUGAAUAGUAGCAAAUCCUUCAGGAAAAAUCUGUUGAACAACAAUGGUUUUUGGGGAGAGAGGAUCUCGUGGAGGAAAGGUAAUUCCAAGCCAAGGUCUAAUUCCGAUUCUUUGCCACCUUCCCAUGACCCUCAAGACACCCCCGUCCUACUGUCGUCCACCUUUCACCACGAGCGCCAUUAUUCUUUUUCAUCAGUAAGUUCCAAUGGCCAUUACUCGCCACCGGGUUUUGUACCCGAUCCAGAUUUCAGAGAAACACAAAACUCAUUUGUACGCAAUUCAGACUUCAGAGAUUCAUCCUUCUUCAUGAAGAGUGAAGGAGAGUUUGUUCCCGAAAGCAAUAGUGUUCAGGAUAGAUCCAUGUUUGAUCCUUUGAAUCAAGUAAAUCAGGGAAACGUUUUAUCAAGUCCUAGCUUGGGGGAUUCCCUUGCAGAGUCUAAUACGUCAUUACAAUCGUUCGAGAGUUAUAGUGAUCUUUGUCAGCCGUUAAAACGAUCGCGGCAAGGUUAUGAACACAUCUUGUCGACUUUCUCACAGGAAAUGGACUUUUUAUCUGACUCCAUUGGAUCAAGCGACAGUAAAGCCGGGACAUUUCCGAGACGGCAUCAUACUAUCGCUCUUUGUAAGGCGGAUUUGGCUGACGGUAACCAAACGUUUCCUCGCAUUCGCAAACCUUUGCCAUUCUGGAAUUCAGAAAUGGCUUCUGGAAUAACAAGUGCGAGCAGCAGUAGCAGUGGACUUGUUCCUGAUAUUGAGGAUCGCAGAUCUUCGAAUUUAUUUGCCGCCGUCCCUAAGAAUUGGAAACUUGGCCGACUGCUAGGUACUGGUGCGUUUGGUCAAGUUUUUCUGUGUCACGAUACCGACAAUGGUAGAGAAUUGGCUGUAAAACAGAUUGAUACAGGAAUAACGACAACGGCGCAGCAAAAAGAAAUCAACACAUUGGAAGUGGAAAUCGAUUUACUAAAGACUAUAAAUCACAAUGCUAUCGUAUCUUAUUACGGAACACAACAGACUGGAACAAGAAUAUGGAUAUUUAUGGAGUACAUGCCAGGGGGAUCUAUAUACGACCAUUUAAAGCAACAUGGUCCACUGUCUGAAAGUCUUACUAGUAAAUACACGAGACAAAUAUUACAUGGAGUAUCCUAUCUUCAUUCGUAUACCAUCAUUCAUCGCGAUAUCAAAGGAGCAAACAUUUUACGAGAUACAAAAGGCAAUGUUAAGUUGGCAGAUUUCGGUGCUUCGAAACGUUUACAGACAACAAGCAGUAUGACUGGAUUCAAGUCAGUUCAUGGUACUCCUUACUGGAUGGCACCUGAGGUCAUUAAUGGCGCUGGCUACGGUAGAAAGGCUGAUAUUUGGAGUGUCGGUUGUACCGUAGUUGAAAUGCUCACGGGGAAACCACCCUGGUCGGAAUUUGAACCCAUGGCGGCACUUUUCAAAAUUGCCACACAGGAGACCGAGCCCGACCUGCCGCAUGAGACUUCCGUCGAAGCUCGUGAAUUCGUUGAAACAACCCUUAUGAAGGAUUCAAAUUCUCGUCCCAGGGCUAACGAGCUCCUUUCUCACAUUUUCGUGCAAGAACAACCUAACACGUGAUCAACGUGGAUAUCCGCUAGAUUGUAUUGUCGUCUUGUGCUAUGCAGGGAUAUCUAUGAUCAUGCGGGAUUGAAAUUUUUCGAUCGUAAAUUUAAUUUGCAUGAAAAUAACUUUCGUUAUUGAUAAAUAUAGUUUUAAAUAGUUUUAUAGACAUAUAUUUUGAUAUUUUUUGUAAAAAGAAAUUAAUCACCAUUGUAUAUAGAAUAAAGAACAGAUUGCAUGAAAAGCAGCCUGUUGUAAUCGUCACUGUAAAUAAAAUCAGUGUGAUAAAACUA